AUGGCCACACCAAACCCCCGUUCCUCGCCCACAGGCCUAACAAGAGCCUACCUAUUCACCUACAAUGCCCUGAACCUCCUAACUUGGGGCACCUGCCUGGUGUACACGGCCACCCUCCUCCCGGCCCAUGUGUCAACAAACCGCAUCCCGAACAUCUUCAACCUAACCUUCUCGCCCUUGCUCCUAGCCACACAGUCACUGGCCCUGCUGGAGGUGGUGCAUAGCCUGGUUGGACUUGUGCGCGCACCGGUUAUGACGACUGCUAUGCAGGUUGCUAGUCGGCUGUUGCUGGUUUGGGGCAUUAUGGCGCAGUUUGGUGGGGAGAUUGUUGGUGCGCGCAGUACUCAGCUGGGUGAUUAUGCCUAUCUGGGUUGUGUUGCUGCUUGGGGCAUUACCGAAGUCAUUCGUUAUGGGUUUUUUGCUAUUACGCUUUCUGGGAAUGCGGUUCCUACUUGGUGGACGUGGUUGCGGUAUAACACUUUCUAUGUUCUCUACCCCAUUGGCAUCUCUAGCGAGUGCACUCUCAUUAUUAAGGCCCUUGGGCCUGCUGGAGAGAUUCACCCUCUUUUCCGCAUGGCUUUGAGUGCUAUUCUUGCGAUCUAUAUUCCUGGCUCUUACAUUCUGUACACACACAUGAUUGCUCAGCGCCGCAAGGUCAUGCGCGGUAAGAAACGUGUUGAUUAA